AUGCAGAACUGGAGCCAGGGCGGCCUGAAGUUGAGCAGCCAAAUGAAGAACCAUAUUGUACAGUUCCUACAACAGCAAUGCCAAGCUGGAGCACUGCCACAUGGUUCAUUUCAAGAGGCAGCCAAUAGAUUCAAAGUGCACAGAAUUACAGUGAGCCGAUUAUGGGGGAUAGCCAAGCAGCAAAUGUCAGAUGGGCAGCCUGUUAUCAUGAGGGGCAGAGCAUCAGGAUAUAAAAAGAAAACAGCUUUGGAUGAAGGAAAGCUUCUUUAUCAUGCUAUGCACAAUACAGUUCAUAUUGAUGAGAAAUGGUUUUACAUGACAAAAGCUUCAGACAGAUACUACCUGUUGCCGGAUGAGGAUGAGCCUUACAGGUCUUGCAAGUCAAAAAGAUUUAUCACAAAUGUGAUGUUCAUGUGUGCUGUAAGUAGGCCACAGUUUGGCACAGAUGGUCAGACCAUCUUUGAUGGUAAAAUAGGCAUAUUCCCAUUCACAGAACAAGUUCCAGCCAAAAGGAAGUCCAAGAAUAGGCCAAGAGGGACAUUAGAGACUAAAUCUAUACCAUCAGUUAACAAGGAAGCAAUGAGAGAAUGUCUCUUGAAUCAGAUUAUUCCAGCAAUCAAGGCAAAGUGGCCAGCCAAUGCAAGCAAGGAUAUCUAUAUCCAACAAGAUAAUGCCAAACCUCACCUAAGAUCUUUUGACUCACAAUUUGAUGAGCUUGCAAGUUCAGAUGGAUUUAAGUUCCAUCUAAUCAGCCAACCAGCCAACUCCCCAGACACCAAUGUAUUGGACCUAGGCUUUUUUAGGGCCAUUCAAUCACUACAAGAUGAUAAAGUAGCAACCAACAUAGAUGAAUUACUGGGUAAUGUCUGGAGUUCUUUUGAGGAACUCACACCACAAACUCUGAACAAUGUUUUUUUAACAUUGCAAAGCUGCCUCAGUAAGAUCCUUGAAGUGCAUGGAGGCAACAACUACAAAAUACCCCACUUGAACAAGGAAAGGCUGAGAAGAACAGUAGGGCUUCCUACAUCCCUAGAACUUGGGGAGAAUUUGGUCAAAGAGAGCUUGGAGUAUCUGCUACUACCUCAGAAUGAUGUGGGUGCCUCAUAUGACAUAGGGCAUCUAAUGAAUGUUUUCCAACUCUAA